AUGGAGAAUUAUUCACAGCCUUCGAUAACCACGUCAAACGGGCACGCGGUGACUCGAGAUGCUGAAUCUUUGAACACGACAAGCACGGGAGGAGUCCCUGGAGAAAAUAAUACUUUAUUCACUCCUGGACCUAGAUCAAACGCCCAGCGUCCUCCCACACUACGGAAACCACGUGGGCGAAAAACUUCUUUUCAGGGCGAUCAGGUGGCCCCAGAAAUGCGUCCUGUUUUGCAUCUCUUUGAGGUUUUUUCGCGAAAACUAUAUAUAGAGGGUUAUUUAUGUAGGCAGGUAUUUUCUCCUUCGCCAGGCCAACAAGAGUGGACUGAGUACUUUGCAGAACUUUGUGGCCCUAUGUUAAGCCUUUGGAAAUUAAUAGAUAAUGGAGAAUCCGAGCAACCCGAGGUUUCUCCGACUCCAAUUGUCAUCAAUAUAUUAAAUUAUUCAACCGAAUUUUGUUCUCCGACAGUUGAAAGUGAAUUGCAGCGGAUCAAUGUAUUUUUGGUGAGCGCUGGUCAAAAUGAUAAGUUUUAUCUUCAGGCUCCGAACGACUAUUCUCUUAAUAUGUGGAUCUGUGCAAUUAGAUUAUCAUGUUAUGAGGGUUCUAGAUUACAAGAGGUCUACACUGCAAAGUUGAUUAAGCGGCCAGGAUUAAAGGAUUUUCUUUCUGGGACGGUUUUGCUUAAAGGAAAAUUAGAAGGCUAUCUUCAAGUGAAAUUUAAUUAUGCCGAUGAACCAAAAAAAUAUUGGGUAGUAGUUUCUGAACAUCGAUCUGAAGAUAAAAAAAAGAAAUCAAAUUUAGCCUUUUCUAGGGGACAAGCCUUGUUUUACGAAACAAAAAAAUCAAAAAAACCUUUCAUGACAAUGGCUAAUGUUCUUCAAACUUAUGCCACCUAUCCCGAAAAUCCUCAUUUAAUAGAUAAAACUUUUACAUUCAGAGUAGAAGGCGAUCUUUUUCCUGCUAAACCAACAGAAAAUAAACCUGGAGAGUUUAUCAUUUUAACAGCAGAAUCACUCAAUGAAAUGACAAAAUGGGUGGUUGGUUUUUUGGAUAGUUUUAAAUUAUAUGGCCGACCAAAAGAACUGAUUUGUGAUUUCAAAAAUCCAAUUUCACCAUUUUUUGCAGUGCCGAUUGAAAGAAGCAAUACAAAAUUGUUUUUAGAUCUUAAUGAGGUCGAACAUGUUGAAACACGCGAAUCAUUGGCUGAUGUUAAAGCCGCUUUUGCUGAAGUGUUGAGACAAUCGUUCCAAUAUCAACAGCAAAAUCAAGAUGGUCCCCAGCAGAUAAAUCCAAACCAAUCCGUACCACAAAGAAUGAGCAUGCAAAAUUCCGUCUCCGAUAAUUCAACUCCGAGAUCAACAAAUUCAUCAAAUCGACCUUAUUCUGUUAUGACUUCUACACAGAGUUCUCAAAAAGGAUCUUUCUCUACAACAUCAUCAUCAAUCACUAGAGAUAGUUCUUUUUCAUCCUCGCCAUUAUAUGGAGAGCGAAAAUCACAAUACAACCAAACUCGACAUUCAAAUACGGGUCAGAACAAAAAACUCAAUCGACUUCAAAAUAGUGAUGAUGAUUCAGAUACAGAAGAAAGUGAAGAAUCAGGAAGUGAAAGCGAAAAUGAUACCAGUUAUUUAAGAGAUACAAAAAUAUUAAAAGAUACCCGUAAGAAUACUAAAAUAGCCACUGAAGAACCAAUGAAUCUGCCAAAUCUCAACUUUAAUAAGGUCAUAGACGAGCCAAUACAAUUGGGAACAGGACUUGGAUCGCUUGGAGACAAUGAUUUAAUGUCUGAAAUAAUGACAGCUGUUGCGGAACGCAAAGGUAUUGAUAAUGUUGGACAAGUGGUGGAGAUUGAAAAGAAACAAGGAAAGCCCGAAAGGACUGUUUCUUCCAUAAGUCGACUGACGGAGUCAAAAAUUCAAGAUAAAAAAAAAUUAAUGCCACUUUCAUCGGAAAGUGAAGAUAGUGCAGAGGGUAGCCCAGCU